UCGAAAACGUGAAGGUCUCGCUUAUUUUAUUAUUCCGCGCUUUUAUAAUGUUAAUCUGAACAUCGCAAUCAUCCUGUAUUCUGAAGUUACUGUUCAACUUGUUAACCCUUUUCAGUUUGUGAAAUUGUUCCGAAGAAUAUUUUACCAUGACGGAGAAUAACGCGUCGUCAAUAUGCUCCUCAAACAACGCCAGCCAUAAACCGAAAGCAACAGUGAAGGAAAUUCUGCAGAAUGUACUUGCACGCUGUUAUACCGAAGGUUUACUGUCCCACGAUGGGGUGGUAGCAUCAGAGUCUGUAUUUCGUUACUUUAGUUCGGACGUUUUUCGCCUGCAUCGUCAGGAUGUGCGUUUGCGCGAAUUCCAAGCACUGAUGGAACGAUCCUCUUUAGUAAUUGAAAAGAUUGAUACAGAUCGCAAACAAUACAGGAUUGACGUCAACCGUCUUCAGGCAGAACUUGAUAUGGAUGCGUCCGAGUCAACGGAGGAGAGGAGCUGUACAUCGUCGGUUAGAGAGUCUGCCAGCUUGGAAUCGAUCAUCUCAAGUCUACAGUUCUGCUCGUUGACACGCGAAGAGCGUUAUCGUGAAACGAUUACUGCAGAUUUUGCAUACGUGUCAACAUUCAAACGACCAUUGGAUACAAAUUUUUUGAUUAAGGGCAGAUGUUGUAUCAUCUGUCGACUUAACUUUCCUAAUGCGAUGGAUUUUCAUCGUCACGUUAGUGUGCAUGGUCCUGAGCUCACAAUGCAAGAGAGUCCCACCCUGCGACAGACAAGAAGUCCUUUGUUAGUCACCCUUCGCUACGAUGAAUGUCAACUGAUGUCCACUCUAGUGGUUACGAACAUUGACCAAUGUCCUCUAAUAAUCGACUAUGUGUGUCUUUAUCACGAGCGAUUUGAGUUGUUUGCAAUAAGUACAGCGCAAACUUGCUUGGAAUGUUUCGACAGUAGAAGUUUCCUGAUACCAAAUAAUAUACUGUCGAAAUCUCAUCAAAUAUACUCGCUGUUUUUAGUGUUUCGACGACCCUAUGACCGACUUGAUUUCGUCGAACAGUAUCACAUCAAUGUAUAUGGAACACGUGCGGAACCUGUAGGCUAUCGGUCAAAAAAAUCAAAUCAUCUAUCCAGGAAACAACCUAAACGAAUUCGUUUGAGCGAACUCGAAGACUAUCUCCCCUCGAAAGAACUUUGUUCAGUCGUGGCAAACUGUUUCAGACUAUCGUCUGAUUAUACUGAAAAGGAAAAGCAAAUUCAUGAAUCCAUUCGUUAUCUCUGUACGACGGAUUUCCGGAAACGUCUGAAUGCAGCCAAUUACUGCGAGAUGUUUGAAAUGAUGGUUCACGUUCAUGAUCUGAACGUUCAGUGUGACUUAUCCCGGUACAGAGCAGACAACGCCGUACUAACCCCUACAGACAAGCCACGCAUGUAUCAAAUCGAGACGGCACAUUUCAAUGAGCUGCCCACGAAUCUAGCGGAAGGUGAUGUCGUUAAAAUCACGGUUGAGAGUCCCGAUGGUGGCUGCACUGAUCGCAACGGGGUUAUUAUGCAGAUUUUGUAUGAUCACUUCGUAAUUGAACUGGAGGAACGAAUCGAAGCAAAUUGUCGUGUCAAAGUGAACCUGCAGGUUAAUCGAAUUGUCUGCCGGUUAGAACUGCAAGCAUUAGCUGCUGCGAAACGUGACGAACUAGCUCAGUUUUUAUUCCCCGAUCAAAAACCUAGGCCAACCAAUGCUGGUAUUGCCAUUACAUCAUGGUACAACCGUUCUCUCAUGGAAAACCCAGAACAACAAGCCGCCGUCUUGAACAUCGUAAAUCGAACAUCUUAUCCGCUGCCAUACGUACUGUUUGGUCCGCCAGGAACCGGAAAAACUACCACGCUUGUGGAGGCAAUCGUACAAAUUUGUACUCGAUCUUCAGCAACUCACAUUCUGGUUACCACCCAAUCCAACUCCGCUUGCGAUGAUAUCACUUUACGGUUGAUGAAGCAUCUACCGCCAGAACAAUUAUAUCGAUUCUUUUCUCGCUCCUCUGAGAAACGAAUCGAUGAACUUUCGGAAGAACUUAAACGGCGCUCUAACUUGGCCGAGGGGAGACACCGGUGGCCAACCUGGGAAGAUAUAUAUCAGGCACGGGUGGUAAUUUGUAGCUUGUCCGUGUGUGGACGUUUGGUACAAAGUCGCAUCCGAACGAAUCACUUCGAUUAUGUGUUUAUCGAUGAGUGCGGUAGUGCGUCGGAACCUGCCGCAUUGGUUGCAAUAGCAGGUCUAGUAACUUCAAAAAAGAAAUUACAUGCCAGUGUGAUAGUUGCUGGUGAUCCCCACCAACUCGGACCUGUAAUAAGAAGCGAAAUAGCUGAUAAAAUGGGGCUUGGAAUUUCCAUGUUAGAACGACUAAUGAAUCUGCCUAUUUAUCAAAAAUGGCCAGAAACAAAAGUUUAUAAUCAGCAAUUGAUAACUAAACUUCUUAGAAAUUAUCGGUCACACCGAGCUUUGAUACAAUUUGCGAACAAGCAAUUCUACGGCAGUGAACUUAUUCCUGUAGCGCCGAAAGAGGAAGUAUCAUUGGCUGAAAACUGGAAAUGGCUUCCCAACAAAAGCUUUCCCAUUAUUCUUCACACUGUAUUUGGAAAUAAUGAACGAAUUGACAACAGUAAGAGUUUAACCAACGUCAAAGAAAUUGAAACUGCCGAGUUCUACCUUGAGUUUAUCCUGCGGACCGGUGUAAAUGGCCGAAAAAUCACACAGGAUGAAAUUGGAAUUAUAUCACCUUACCAGCUACAGGCACAACAGUUACGUCAGAUGUGUCUACGCAGAGAGUGGCCCUCGGUCGAGAUCGGAUCCGUCGAACAGUACCAGGGUCGUGAAAAACUUAUUAUCAUACUUUCAACGGUACGUUCCCAUACGCCCGGGGUUGGAUUUUUGAACAACGUUAAACGACUGAACGUGGCCAUGACUAGAGCUAAGGCAUUACUUAUAGUUAUCGGAAACAGUUGUACGCUACAGACCGACCCGAACUGGUACGAAUUCAUCAAAUACUGUACAGAGCAUCGAGCCACCGUUGGUAGAUGCUUUGAUUUGACCCCAUCGAGAAUUGUCAAGCGUUCCAAGCGAGAAGAGAUGUUCGACACUCUGUUUAAUAGCCUCGUGUGAGGUACUACUUUGCACUUUAAUGAAGGUUAAGCUUUAAUUAGUCGAGCACGUAUAAAAAUGCCAAGUCGACAAAAAAAGUUGCGUAAAAUGAAAAAAUACGAGAUACCUGAAUAAGCCUCCUAUUUUUAUAUACUGACAAGCAAAUGCUGAAUAUUCGAAAAUUAACAUUGCUCAUAAUACUGAGCGAUGAUUGAAAAACAGGAAUGAAUAAAUUACU